CAAUUACAAUCUCGGUCAUUAGCCACACCUAAGACGGGCGGCCUCCUUGUAAAUCCUCCCAGUAGUUCACUUAUUUUCUUGCUCCCCUUACAAUUCACCCCACGAUAGAAAUGGAGAACCAAGUUGUGGCAUUUGAUGAAGAGCUUGACUCAACCUCAGAUUGCGAAGGCAAAAUCAUCAUCGACCAGGAGAAAGCCCAUGUGAGUAUUCCUAAUGGGACCCAACUUGGGGACACUUUCUCAAUCCGACGUAAAGUGGAAUCCUUGAAGUAUGGAGAUAUUUACGAUGUGACCCAUGUCGCGAUGACCGAAGUCGACAUGGAGACAAGAUACCAAGCGAGAGCGUUCCAGACACACGGUCUAUUACCAAAAGUUGAAGCACAUAUCCGUCGUACAAUCAGACGGAUGUCACGAAGAACGGUUCUUCGCACCACUUGGGGUCAGCUUGAGGUGGUCAUCUUCAAGGCAGAAAACUUGGACAGAUCUGAGAGCAAUAAUCCUGUCCAAGCAAAGUCUGGAGGCUCAAGUUGCCCGCCACCACCUGAACCGGCAUCUCCAAAGAGGACAAAGAAGACAUCGGCAAAAAGGAAAGAGUCGGAACGACUUCGGCAACAAUCUCGCCGAAAGAGAAAUCUCCAAAGAAAACAAACACAAAACAUAUCGCCUCAGAACAAAUCGAUUCAAACUGAGCAAGGGUUUGGUCCUAGCCUCCUUCUCGACAUCGAUCCGGAUGACAUUAUCUUUCUUCACCGAAUCAAUCACAUAACCUCUUUCAGAUCACUAUGGACCUCCUGGGAUCUCAAACAAUAUCUUGAAGCACGGUGCAAACAGACCGCACCGUCUGCCGUUGAGAGUUUGUCGGAUAUGAUUAGGCACGAAGAAGUGUACCUUUAUCGACAGAGGAAUAAGUUCACAGCAAUCGUGGAGAAAUGCACGAAGUAUAUUUCAGAGAAUCGGGACGCGAAAAACCACGGUCUGGGGGUUAUGCCUUGCGUAUCAAUCUCUCAGGAGUUAAAGGCUCGGAAGAUUUUAUUCCUACAACGAUAUAUGAUUUUACUUUCUGGACUUGGUGCACUGGAUGCUAUCCUUGUUUGGCCUGGAGAGACUGCCAGUAUUAGUCGCCUGCGCUCAGUUAAGUAGAUCUUAACGAACAGCCGAGAGUUAAUGAACUUGUAACUUUAAACUUGAGUCUUUUAAGAUAAAUAAAAAAAGGUCUACUAUAAGGCCAUAUUUCAAGAGAGUUAAAAGACUAAAGACUAGCAAUUUUUUAAUCAAAAAAGGCAUAAUAACUAUAAAGAAUUUCCCAAGCCUUUAAGUAUUCAG